AUGGUAUAUAAUUUCAAGGUUUAUAAAAAGUGUUCUCCGAAUGGAAAGAUUACACUGUAUAUGCCGAAACGUGACUUCGUGGAUCAUAUUUCUUAUGUUGAGCCCAUAGAUGGCAUUGUCGUCGUUGAUGAAGAAUACGUGCGUGGGCGCAAGGUGUUCGCUCAGGUUGUAUGUACCUUCCGAUAUGGCCGAGAGGAGGAUGAGGUCAUGGGGGUCAACUUCUAUAAGGAACUCUACCUUGCUUCGGAACAGAUCUACCCAGCUCCAGAAAAGCGAGCCUAUGAUUUGACACGUACUCAGGAAAGGCUCCUGAAGAAAUUGGGACAGUUUGCCUUGCCCUUCCGUCUAUCAGUGCCAGCUGGCUCCCCUGGGUCGGUCACACUGCAGCCAGGGUUGGAAGACGAGGGCGAGCCGUGUGGUGUCCACUAUUACAUGAAGCUCUUUGUUGGAGAUACUGAAAUUGACAGAUCUCACCGAAGGAGCACAGUGGCUCUGGGUAUCCGAAAGGUACAGUUCGCUCCUAACAAGCCAGGCCCUCAGCCAUGCACUUUGGUCAGGAAGGACUUUGUGCUGUCCCCUGGACAACUGGAGCUUGAACUCACCUUGGAUAAGCAGUUGUACAUUCAUGGUGAGACGAUCGCGAUCAAUAUAAGCGUCCGUAACCAUAGCAACAAGGUUGUUAAGAAAAUCAAAGCCUGCAUCUUGCAGUCUGUGGAUGUGGUUCUCUUCCAGAAUGGACAGUACCGCAAUGUGGUAUGCAGCAUUGAGACUCAAGACGGGUGUCCACUGCAACCCGGCGCCUCUAUGCAGAAGGUGGUACAACUUCGUCCAGAAUUAACGCCAUUGCGUGACCGUCGUGGCUUAGCUCUGGAUGCCCAGCUGAAACGCCAUGACAGCGCUUUGGCUUCUACCACUUUGCUUCUAGAACCAGAGCAGCGUGAUGCUUUUGGUAUCAUCGUCAGCUACAGCGCUAAGGUGAAGCUGUAUCUUGGCGCUUUGAAUGGAGAGCUGAGCGCUGAGCUGCCGUUCAUAUUGAUGCAUCCAAAGGAGGGCCGUGCUAAGCUGGUGCAAGCAGAUAGUCAGGCGGAUGUAGAAAUGUUCCGGCAGGAUACUGUGAUCCACCAGGAGAGCAUUGACGUUUACUGA